AUGGCUUUCGGAGGCGUCGCUCUGCCCGGAUCCGGCACCGCCGGCUCUCCGACUGCCAUGGGGAACGCUGGCAACGGCAACAAUGCUCACGGCAACGGCAGCGGCAGCGCAGAGGACAAGAAGCAGGAGGUCGGCGCCGGCGGCAAGGACGCAAGUGCUGCGGCGACGGAGCAGGGCUUGUCGAGCGUCCACGGCAUUGUUCCGACGUUGCAGAACAUUGUGGCGACCGUGAACCUCGAGGUCCGCCUCGACUUGAAGACGAUCGCUCUGCACGCGCGAAACGCCGAGUACAACCCAAAGCGAUUCGCUGCCGUCAUUAUGCGUAUCCGUGAGCCCAAGACGACGGCACUCAUCUUCGCCUCCGGCAAGAUGGUCGUCACGGGCGCCAAGUCGGAGGACGACAGCCGACUCGCGAGCCGCAAGUAUGCGCGGAUCAUCCAGAAGCUCGGCUUCGAGGCCAAGUUCAGCGAGUUCAAGAUCCAGAACAUCGUCGGCUCCUGCGACGUCCGCUUCCCCAUCCGCCUCGAGGGCCUCGCCUACAGCCACGGUGUCUACUCGUCGUACGAGCCGGAGCUCUUCCCUGGCCUCAUCUACCGCAUGGUCAAGCCCAAGGUCGUCCUGCUCAUCUUUGUGUCGGGCAAGAUUGUCCUUACCGGCGCCAAGGUCCGCGAGGAGAUCUAUCAGGCCUUCAACUUGAUCCUCCCGGUGUUGGCCGAGUUCCGCAAGCCUUGA